AUGACCGAAGCACAAGCCUCUCGAGCUGCGGCUGCCACAGUUGCAGCUGUUGCAUAUGCCGCAAUUGCUAGUGGCAUGGCCAAGGCAAUAAUGAAUCACCGAAAUGCUAGUGAAAAUAAUAUUGCUAAUAAUACAGACAUGAGUGAUCAUGCACAAAAGAGUUUGCGAAGCACUCAGUUAGCGUCCGUGAUACUUCCACUGAAUACUGCAACGUCUCAAGUUGAUGGUUUUGGUCAUAUGACGACGAGCAGCACAUCAAACAGUCGCAUUGUUGACAGUGCUCACAAAGUUGCAGCAGUAACAGCAGCUGGUGGUGGUGACUCUACGAGCGUAGUUGAUUUGGGUGCUGGAGGUCGUUAUACGAUUAGAUCGAUUCUGAAUCCAGCGUGUGCAGUAGCAGCAGCAGCAGGUUUAGAGAAACAGGAGGGCACGACGACGCUAGAUGAGAAUUCUACAACAGAAGAGGAUGACGACGACGUGAUGGUUAUUGAGGGAGAUGAUAAGAGUGAGAAUGAUGUGCUCGAAGCUCGAUCUGAUGAUGAAGUGAUAACAAACGAAUGCAGUGAUAAGCAAGCAGCAAAUCUUGCAGCAACAGCAGCAUCGCAUUAUCCUACUGAUAGGGCUGUUACUGCUGCUGCUGCUGCUGCUGCUGAUGCUUCUGUAGCAGCAUUGGCUUCAUCUGAUGGUGAACGACGUCAAGAACUAGGAAGAGGAGAUGAUGCUCUAUAUUCGGGGUUAUUUAGCUUACCGAUAGUAGCAGCGCUCGACCAAGUUAUGAGUAGCNGGGCACAGACACAGGCACGGGUACGGGCAAUAAUGCGAUGCUGA